UUCGAAGUAUUGUAUGAUGAUAGACUAUUUUAAUUUAGAAAAAAUAGACACAAAUAAAAAUGGGAGGUAUCAGAGCGAGAAAGACUCGGAGAAGAAAUACAAUCAAAAUACUUAAAGGUACAAGAAAAAGAAAGAAGACCAUAAACCCUGCUAUUGGAGAUGCUGAUUUAAAGAAACAUUGGGACAAUACGAAGACUUUGCAGCAGAAUUUAAAAGGUCUUGGCUUGGCUUACGAUUCAAAUGAAGUUUUAAAAAUCCCAAAAAAUAAAAAGAUUACUAGAAAAGAUAUUCUGAAGGAAGAUAGAGAAGGCGCAAGCAUGGAAGUUGAGAAACCAAUCAUCGUAAACACGGCUGUCAUUGAAGCAUUUGAAAAAAAGGCUGCGAAUGGAAAAAAAUUGGAACGACACAUUUCUCCAGGAGAGGCGAAGUUUUUAUUGGAAUUGAUGAAAGCACAUGGUAGUAACUAUAAGGCGAUGUCCAAAGACAAACGCAACACGUAUCAACACACGCCCAAACAACUACGGCGCAAAUGUGAAGGACUUCUAAAUUCAUCAUUAUUACCGAAAUAUCAAGAAUUGUUCCCAGACUUGCAACCUGAAGAAACAAUGGAUACGUUAUAAAAAAACACUGAUAUUUCAGAUGAACAAAAUGUACAACCGUUAUUGGUCAGAUGUUAAUAGAUGCUUUGUGAUGUUUAAAAACUGCAUGCAGUCAGCCCUUUGAUGAAGUAUUGUUUUGAGUCUGUUGAA